CAAGCUCUCCCCCGCCAUGUCUUACUCUACUCUUCUCUAUCCUUCCUUCUUCUCUUCCCCAAACCCUAACCCUAAUGCCCUCCGCUUCUCGCAUUCAUCCAUCUUCCAUUCUUCUCGUCUGAUCUUCUCCGGAUUGCCGAAACUUGGUGCCAAUGUUGUGAAGAAGAGGACUCCAUUGAAUUGCUUUGCGGCGCAGCAGCCGCACAACGAGGGAACACCUUCAAAAGGAUGGGAAUCUUGGAUCCUCCAUGGCGCUAUCUCUCCGGAGAGAAUCCUCAGGGUGAUAGCCGGUGCCACCUCCAGCCCAAUUUGCCAGUUCAUCGAGUCUCCUCGCACCUUCCUCCAUUCUGUCGACCCGAGAAUCAAAUUGAUAUGGCUUUUGGCUCUUGUAAUUUUACCGGCAAGGUCAAAUAUUUACAUACGCUUCGGAUUGGUCGGCUACCUCUCAAUCUUGUCAAUUUCAGUUCUUCCUACUCAAAUUUGGAUGGAUCAACUAGGCAGAGUAGCUCUCCUUUCAGGGAUUUUGUUUGUGAUGCUGGGUUUUGGAACAGACAGUGUGCCGACAUUUCUUCAAUCAAGAACUCCUCCCCCAUCAUUGAUAGGAUUGCCUGGUAUCCCUUCAUCAUUGAGUGGUUAUUCAUAUUUGAUUAUGAAGCUUGGACCACUGCAAUUAACGAGGAAAGGCUUGUCACUAGCUAGUACGUCUGCAUGCCUGUCAUUCACAAUCUUUCAAAGUGCCAGUUUGUGCCUAACAACCACGACUCCGGAGCAACUUGCCUCUGCACUGCGGUGGUUUAUGGUUCCAUUCACAGUUCUUCGUGUUCCAGUUGCUGAGAUAAUACUGACUCUGCUACUGUCACUGAGGUUUAUAAAUUUGGUCUUUGAUGAGGUCCGUAAUGCUGCAUUAGGCAUUGUCGCUCGUCGGAUAAACUGGAAACAAUUGACAGUGAUGGAAUCAUUGGAUGUAUUCUUCAUGUACGCUCAUAGGAUCUUCAAGAACAUUUUUAAUCAUGCUGAGCAAAUUUCUAAGGCAAUGAUAGCCAGAGGCUUUCGUGGCGACAGUGACAAACACAAAGUUUACUUCUUUCACGAUUCUUCAAAUGGAUUUAUCAAUAUCUUGUCCUUGUUUUGCCUCUUUGGUCUGAUAUGUGCUGCCGUUCUUUUAGAGCGCACCUUCAUCUAAUACGAAAAUCACAGUGCUCAUGGUUUUUGCGAGCAUUACAUUUGGUUAUCAGAAGUCUAACCACAAAGUGAAGGCAUUGAUAUCUACAUUCAUCGAAGAAUUACCAUUCAUUUGUUACAAUUUUCCAAAGAGAAUUAGAGCUAUCUUCAUAUACUCGCAAGCUCUCGGAAUUCCAAUAAUGCUGAUUGACAUUUGGGUCCAGGGACUAAAAUCAUGAAGGAAGAAUACCAUGAUCUCUUUUUUCUUCUUCUUGUUUCAUGUUAGUAUAUGUAAUGUGAUAUCUUCAUGUAUGCUGUAUAAUUUUUUAGGUUACAGUGUUUCAGUCUCUGUUAACACCAAACAAAGUCCAAAUGAUGCAAAAUUCUUUCUAACAACAAAGGUGAUCAUUUAUA